AUGGCUAGUUUUUCUUCAGUCAUUGACAAUACAGAGAAGAUUCAUAGAUACAAUUUAUCUAAUCCUUUGGAUAAUAGCACCGAAAUCAAUUCAACCUACGUUUCAGAUGAUACAUCAAGUCAACCUUUCUACGACUUUGUUCAUGCACUUUAUCUUUCUGUAAUACCACUGAUUUCCACGCUCGGAAUUAUUGGGAAUGUUUUAUCAAUCAAAGUUUUUCUGUGCUCUACAUUCAAAAGACAACCAUCAAGCAUCUAUUUAGCCGCUCUUUCAGUAUCAGAUACAUGGUUUUUGGUGGCCUUAUUAAUGGGAUGGCUAGGGAGUUUUGAUGGAACAAUUCAAGAGUCUGGAGUAACAUGCAUGAUUUCAAUAUAUGUUACGUACGUCACAGGCUUUCUGUCCGUAUGGUAUGUAGCUCUUAUCGUAAUUGACCGAUACAUUGUCGUUUGCCACCCUCUAAGAGGGCCUCGUUUGUGUUCCAGGAAAAGAGUUGCCACAGCAUCAGCUCUCAUUACAACGUUUGCAAUUAUAUUUUAUACUCACUGUUUUCGUACAACAAUGAUUGUAAAAAAGGCCUCGGGAAAUGGAGUUCAGUGUGUUGUUCAAAAGGACAGCAUGCACGUGCUAACAAUAAUAACCUACAUUGACUCUGUCCUAACUAUAGGAGUACCUUUCCUUACAAUUUUUGUUCUUAACUGUAGUCUCAUAUCGGCCGUGAGAACAUUUAACAACAAGCAUAUAAGAUUCAGUGAGAGAAAGCUUUAUUCGUAUUCUCCUCAAUAUAGCAUCCUGACCAAGGCUCAGAUACGAUUGACAGUGAUGUUAGUGGUGGUGUCCUCUGUGUUUCUAAUUCUGAAUCUGCCAAGCCAUGCCAUCAGACUUUACAUCAUGAUAAAGGGUCUGGUAAUGAAGCGCCAAAACAGCAUUACAUUGAUCCUCAUUCAACAGAUCUUUCAGAUACUAUAUUACGCAAAUUUUGCUAUCAAUUUCAUUUUGUAUAUGGUAUCGAGUAAACAAUUUCGCAAAUGUCUCAAGGAAAGUCCAAAAUGCCGAGUUUUACGAAGGUUGAGAUUAAAAAAGACAUUAUUAGAUAGGCGAAAAGAGUUUGGGUAAGAUUUAAAUGACAUUUGUGUUCAUAUCAUAUGUACAUUGUAAUAAUUACUUUUAAACUAUCGCGGUAAGUUGAUCUGAUUGGGCUAAAUAUAUCUAAGGUCAAGGG